AUGGCCCACCCGUUCAACGGCCCAGUUAUACCUUUAACACCCAAGUCUCUGGGUGUUUCUCUUCUAAUUAUCUCUGAUGAUUCCACAGCUUUGUGGGGCAAAAUCAUGUUACCUCAGAGAACAUGGAUAUUAAACCCACUUCUGCUGCUCAGUGAAAAAUAUGGAUUGAGAUGGAGUUUCCUGGGUCCCAUCUGUCUGAUCAUUGUGAUCAACCUUGCUCUGUACGUGACGGUGCUGUGUAUCCUGAGGCACAAGGUCACCAUGCGGAGCAUGGAACUACCAAACAUCAACACCAGGAUGCUGGCGUUUAAAGCCGUGGGGCAGGUGUUUGUCCUGGGCUGUACCUGGAUCCUGGGAGUGUUUCACUUCCAGAAGGGAACGGUGGUCAUGGCUUAUUUAUUCACCAUCGUCAACAGCUUCCAGGGCGUCUUUAUCUUCAUCUUCCUGUGUCUGUUAAAACCAGAGGUCAGGGUUGAGUUGCAGAGAUGCUGUGCCACAACCAGACGGAGAUAGAAGGAACCGAAUUAAUGAAAAAUUGGAGUCCUCAGGGCUGUGCUGGUGUGAGAUCAGGAACUCAUCUCAAUCCAAAGUGUGUUCCCUGAAAUUCACCAUCCCUCCUCAUCCACUUUCAGCCGAA